ACCAAAUCUCGAGGUAUGGCCGGCUUAAAGUGAAUUAAUGAUGGCUGCAAGAAGAGCUGUCAUUUGCAUGCAAAUCUACCAAGAUGCAGCUCUGAUAAUCGAGUCACAGCAGUACAGGAGAGACUGCUUACAACUACUAGCUAAGAAAUUCCCUCUAAUUCCGCAAGAGACAUUAUUGAGUAUCUACUCACAACGAUACCAGCAACAUACCAAACAAGUGCAUCACGCUCACCGGCAGGCAAUGAAGGAAUACUAUGAUCAGUAUCAGAGCAGGAAUGCGUGCCAAGAGAGCUCAGAAUCAUUGCUAUUGGAAAUGGCAAAUGAGAUUCUGUUCUCACCGGCAUUAUUUGCACGGAUGAUUCUGGAGGAACACAUUCGGAGGAACAAUUUGAUCCCAGUCGAAACAGCUGCUAGCAGUAUAGUGAGCCAAUGGGUGAAGUCUCCACACUUGAUACAAGACACUGCCCUACAACAUCAAGUUAGACAAUGCAUUCUGACUGACACCAAUUAUGGACCUCUUGGGGAAAACCUGAAACACUCUGUUGGACAUCAGUACGAAUUCUUACUGCUGGAGAAAAUUAAGGAGCUGAGAAUUCCCUACCUAGACGAGAGGGACUUGAGCUCUAGAGGCUACGACAAGACGCCAGACAUCAAGCUUGAAGUACCUAUUGCAGUGAAUGGUCACAUUGUGAACUGGAUAGAGAGCAAAGCAUCUUUUGGAGACGAGCUCAACCACAACAAGUAUCUGGACGAGCAAUUUUGGAGCUACACUAACAGGUUUGGUUCAGGGCUGGUGAUUUAUUGGUUUGGGUUCGUUCAGGAAUUAGACGUACACGAGAAACAGGGGAUCAUGCUGACGGACCACUUCCCACCAAGAUCAACAAUCACUUUACUAGCAAACUGAAUCAAACUCAUAAUUAUGAACUUAAUUUAUCCUCUUAUUAUUUAAUACCACUCUCAAUCAAUUAAAAUGACAGAUUAUUCACAA